AUGAGUACCUAUCCUCGCCGAAGCGCCAGGCUAUCUCCUCAAGCACAACAGCAUCAAUUCCAACAGAAACCCACAAGUCUUGCAGCUCCUGCUUUCAAUCAGUCCUAUUCACAAUCUUCAAGUACUUCUACAAGUUCUCAUCCAAGCCCUAUCAGUAAUACCCUCAAUCCUCCCCCACCACCUCCUACACCACACCAGCCAGGUCUCCAAUUACACCCUUCCUACAUGUCUCAACAACAGCAAAAUCCUCAUCUACAUGCACCCUUACCCUCGCCAUCCAUCGGUAACAUGGACCCAUUCUUUGGUCGUCCUCAGUCACAAACAAAUAGUUACGCAUCUCAGGAUAACCAAGCCAGCUUUCUGGGUCAACAACGCCAGCAGGGAAUAGGUGGCCCAGAGCAGAAUUACAAUCCUCAUACUCACCAGCAAUAUCAAGCUCCUCAACAAUAUGAUUAUCAAAAUCAGCAACAUCAAUUCCAUCCACAUACCAAUUCCAUGUCGCAGGAACAUCCUGCGCACACUGGCCGUGCCAACCCAGGACAAUUACCUCCCGAUUUCCUCGCGGAGGCCGCCAAACGCGCCGAACUCGCCUGUAUGAUGCGUGAUUUUGGAGAUGUCUCGCUAUAA